AGGAAGUGAGUGGCGGAUGAAUACAUGUGCCAAUCUCGCCGAGUACACUCAACCAGAGCUGCACAAGUGACCGCGCAUCCCGGAGAGACCUGCCUUGAGUCUAGUUUGGAGAUUAUCAAACUCUAUUUCCUACAAACAUGGCUGACCAGUUAACAGAGGAGCAGAUCGCAGAGUUCAAGGAGGCGUUCUCCUUAUUUGACAAGGAUGGUGACGGGACCAUUACAACAAAAGAGUUGGGCACAGUAAUGAGGUCGCUGGGUCAAAACCCUACGGAGGCGGAGCUCCAAGACAUGAUCAAUGAGGUUGAUGCUGACGGCAAUGGUACCAUAGACUUCCCAGAAUUCCUGACGAUGAUGGCUAGGAAAAUGAAAGACACAGACAGCGAGGAAGAGAUUCGUGAGGCCUUUCGGGUAUUUGACAAAGACGGUAACGGUUACAUCAGUGCAGCAGAGUUGCGUCAUGUGAUGACAAACCUUGGUGAAAAGCUGACAGAUGAAGAGGUUGACGAGAUGAUCAGAGAAGCCGACAUAGAUGGUGAUGGUCAGGUGAACUAUGAAGAAUUUGUACAGAUGAUGACUGCAAAAUGAAGCCUCAUCCUUCAGCUGUGCCCUCUUAGAAGAGAAAAAAAUCAGUCAAAUGUUUUACUUACCUCUUGGAAAAAAAUGUUUAUUUAUUCAUAAUGUUUCUGUUUAAAAUAAUUCAAUGUUAAAACAAAGUAUCCUUCUGUCCACAAAGUAAAUAAUCGAAAAAAGUCAAAUAUCUGCAUGAAAUGGUUAGUGAUCCUGUCCCCAAAGAUCAGUCUAGCAUCAUUUAUUCAAGAGAAAAAUAACCUGUAACUACCUUCCAACUGAAGAAAAACAGCAUUUGGUGAACUCUUUAAGUUCCAUCUGCUCUUGAAAUGUUUGGGCUGGCCAUUCUCCUUUUGUUCUCUUGUUUUUUUUUCUGUUCUUCAUGCAUGCAGCUUGAGCCCGGAGCUCAUCUCCAGCCAAUCAGAGCGUGCAGUCCACUGAAGUGUUGUAUUGUGGGGUUUUGUAAUUAAAGAGGAACCUUAAAUAGAGAGAAAGCUUGUCAAAUCAAGUUUUAAGUGGAACGGGCUUUCGUGUAUUGUGGGAGAUAAAAACUAAAAAUCAAAAACAAGAAAAAAUACAAAUAAAAAAGCAACAAAAAGUCGAAAAUGUUUGGCAUGAUUUAUUGUUUCAGAUUUAUAUUUUUGUUGAUUGUUUAUUUUGUUUUCAUGAACUUUAUUUUCCUGGACGGCCGAUUCCUCCGUUGUGUGCUUUGCUAUGAUGGAGGUGAUGGAGGAAAGUUUUAAAUGGUUGGAUGAGUGUGGCUGAGCCUUCACUUUCCUCUCUUGUUUCUUUACUUCUGUUUGGUGAAUUCUCCCCAGCGUUGCAUCUGCUGCGGGAGUCUGCACUACAUACUUCAGUUUGCGUUCAUUCCAAUUGUACAUGCUACUGUUUUAAUAUUUUCUUCAAAUAAAGUGACCAUGUUCUUUGCGA